GAACAAACGAAGAAGCAGUACCUGCUUUUGAAACGUACGAAGAAUGUCUUGAUCAAAUGCCAAGCUGUAUGAUAGUUGGUUCUAUCAAUGGACACUUUUUAGCAUCUUUAAACACAUUACUUGUUCAAGUAUUUAAACCUUUGGUUAAUACACAGUUUAGAGGUCCUCAUUUUGGAAAAUACUAUAAAAUUGAAGAAUCUUAUGAAGUACCUUCGGAUGUAGCGAGAGCUUCAUCUACUCUAGCUGAGAUUAUCGAAUCUAAGAGGUCCAUAUAUAGAAGACCAUCGGAUUUUCGACGGGUAUCUCUUUUGCUUUCAAAGAGGAUAAAGGAAACUGCAAAAGACGUGGUAGAAGAUGAAAUAAAUGAUUUUCACGAUGAUAUGGAAGUUGAAGGUACAUUAAUUAAAAAGCCCGUAAAACCACGUAGCACAUUGACGAUUUCAACUAUCGACUACCAAGAGACGGUACACGAAGAAAUUGAAAUAGGGCAGAGUAAAAGGGAUAUAUUAGAAUACUUGGACAAGCUAUCAGCUAAUGUAGAAUGGACCUUGCAACAUAUAGGAACUGAUAUCCUAUUAACAAUACCUACGAUUACUGAAUUAGAAGAUACUACUCUGUCGGAUGUAGAUAUAUUAAAUAAUAAAUAUAUCAUUAACCAAUUAGAAGAUGCAAUCACGUCUUGGGGAGAUCGUAUACAGCAGGUAUUAGAAUCGUACACUGAUAAGGUACCCGAAGAUAAAGGACCAAUUGCUGAAUAUCUUUAUUGGCGCGAGCGUCAGACAGGACUGUCUGUUAUCGUUGAACAGUUGAAAAAUCCUAUUAUCAAAAAAAUGAUAAAAUUAUUGAAUAUGACUGUAUCACAUAUAGCUACAAUUUUUAAUCAUUUUAAAGAGGAACUUUGGAAUUAUUAUAAUGAAGCUCAAGAUAAUACAAAAUUUCUCUCCACUAUCAAAAGACAUUUCGAGGUAAAAUAGAAUUUUAUCCUGAUCUAUGCAAAUAGGCA